AUGAUCGUCUUCCAUCUCCAUGCUGCAGAGUUUGGUGCUGCAACGUUUGGUGCUUUCCAGCACAAGGAUGCAAAAGGGAAGUGCAAGAGAGCAUCUGUGUUUGUUUUUGUUAUGACAGCAGUUGCUUUCACUUCUACAAUGACUCAAAAUACAUCUGAGAUCACGUGUGGGUUUAUCAGCCAGAAGGAUGAAGGUUCAGAAGCACCAGAGACAUCAGUAGCUCCUAAGGUUCCUAAUAUUUUGGAAGAUCUUGGGUGUUACUUGAAUUCUCAAGGAACAGAGAACAUCUACCAAACAAUAAAAAAUGUGGAAGUCAAUGUAUUUGAAGAUAUUGAAUUAAGAAUAACAAUGAGCAUUUCAAAUAUAAUUUCAUGCUUUUGGUUCUUUAAAAAGAGCAAAGCCUGUAAACUUUCUUUUGACUCAGAGAAUAGAUAUAUUGCAUCUUUGGCUUUUUCCCAAAUAAAAGAAGGACAAGCUGGGACAUACACCCUCUUGGUCACAAGUAAAACUGGCAAUUACACAGUGGUUGUGCCUGUUCUCAUCAGAAAAAAACCAGCCAAACCCUAUUUCAGGAAAAGGGAAAAAUCAGAUUCUAUCGAGUGCAUUUCUGAGAGUUACCCCCAGCCCUCUGUGGAAUGGAUAUUCUGCAAAACACCUGAAAAGAGUUGCCCUCAUAAAAGGCAUGAAGAAACUGGAGAAAUAGAUGGCAUCCAGAUGGUGCAACAUGAAUUAUUUCAAACUUACAUAUGGUGCUGUGCAGUCAAUGUCCUGGGCAGAGAAUGCACCAGCCUCUUUACGAUAGAUUUAAAUGAAAGACAGGCAGCACCUUUACCUGAACUACUACUUAAGGUUGGGGAGCCAUUGCUGAUCAGAUGCAGAGCUGUUCACCAUAAUUAUAAAUUCAGAAUACAACUAUCUUUUGAAAACAGAGAAGUUGAGCAGGGUUGCUCCUUUGAAGGAUUAGAAUAUCAAGAAGACUUGUCAGCAAUUCGGGUCCAGCAUGUGUUUAUUUCAGCAGCAGAAAGAAAUGACAGUGGGCAUUACACCUGCUCUUCUACUGCUCAUCCAAAUCAAACUGCUUUGAUCACAGUUCUAGAAAAGGGAUUUAUAAAUAUAACUGACUCUAAAGAAGAUUUUGAAAUUGGUGAGGAAGAGUUUUGCUUUGAAGUUAACUUUACAGCAUAUCCUCCAGUUAGAUGCAUGUGGCUGUAUUCCAAUAAAACAUUUCCAUGUAUACAAAGUUACAGUGUGGAUGGACACAGCAUUUCAUCAAAGUUCUGCAACCAUCAGCACCAGUCUGGGAUAUACGUAUUUUAUGCUGAGAAUGAUGAUACAGUUGUAACAAAAAAAUUCACUCUGUAUGUGAGAAGAAAGCCUGAAAUAAGGAUGCAGCUGCUGUUCAAGCAGAUCUCCUGUGUUGCUGAAGGUUACCCUGCCUCAUCCUGGGUUUGGAGGAACUGUCUUGAACUCAACUCAUCCAACUGCACAGAGGAAAUCACAGAGGGGAUUCAGAACUUCUUGCCAGAGAGGAGAUCCCUGGGGUCAUGGAUUUCAAGCAGUGCUUUAUAUGUACAGGAGACAGCAACAACCUUCUCAGUGGAGUGCUGUGCAAACAAUUCAGCUGGCUCAGCCUGUGAAAAGAGUUUCAUUAACCUGUCAGUUGCAGGAGCUGUUUCUUCGCCCCUGGACAAUGCUGCAUCCUAUGCCUCCCUUGGAUUUCUUUUCCUCUUGAUUGCUUUUUUGUUUGUAUUCAUUUUUUUUAAAUAUAAAAAGCAAUUCAAAUAUGAAAGCCAGUGGCAAAUGAUACAGAUGAUAGGGCCAUCAGAUAAUGAAUACAUCUACAUUGACUUCAGAGAAUUUGAAUAUGAUAUAAAAUGGGAAUUUCCCAGGGAAAAUCUGGAAUUUGGACAGGUCCUUGGUUCUGGGGCCUUUGGGAAAGUAGUGACUGCAACAGCUUAUGGAAUUAACAAUGCAGGAGAUUCAGUCCAGGUCGCAGUCAAAAUGCUAAAAGAAAAACCUGAUGCUUCAGAAGAAGAUGCUCUAAUGUCUGAGCUGAAAAUGAUGACUCACAUUGGAAGCCAUGAAAAUAUUGUGAACCUACUAGGAGCUUGUACUCUGUCAGGACCAAUCUACUUGAUAUUUGAAUACUGUUGCUAUGGUGACCUUCUGAACUACUUGAGGAGGAAGAGAGAAAAGUUUCACUGGACGUUGACAGAUAUUUUCAAACAACAAAACUUCAGCUUUUACCACAAUAUCCACCAGGAUCAAAACUCUAGGACAGGGACUCACCUGAAGUACAGUGUGAACACAGCUCUGUGCAGAGGAGAUGAAUUUGAAACCAUGCAAAGAAGUCAAAACAUAAAUGUGACACUGGAACCAAAUGGGAUUGUGCUGCUUUCUGAGGAAGAUAAAAUUAAGGAUGCAGGCACACCAGUGGAUGAAGAAGAAGAUUUUAAUGUGCUCACUUUUGAAGACCUUCUUUGCUUCUCUUAUCAAGUUGCCAAAGGAAUGGAAUUUCUUGAGUCCAAAUCGUGCAUCCACAGAGACCUCGCUGCCCGGAACGUACUGGUGACCCAUGGGAAAGUGGUGAAAAUCUGUGACUUUGGCCUUGCCAGAGAUGUAAUGAACGACUCCAACUACAUUGUCAGGGGCAAUGCUCGGCUGCCAGUCAAAUGGAUGGCCCCUGAAAGCUUGUUCGAGAGGACAUACACCAUGAAGAGUGAUGUCUGGUCCUAUGGAAUACUGCUGUGGGAAAUAUUCUCCCUGGGUGUAAAUCCUUACCCCGGUAUUCAGGUUGACACAAAUUUCUACAAAUUAAUACAAAGUGGAUUUAAAAUGGACCAACCAUAUUAUGCUACAAAAGAUGUCUACUGCAUGAUGCAGUCCUGUUGGGCUCUUGACUCCAGGGAAAGACCCUCUUUUUCUCACCUGGUUUCCUCCCUGGCCCAUCAGCUGGCUGAGGCAGAAGGAGCAAUUUACCAUAAUACAAAGAAAAACUUUGCUACACGCCAUUCCAGCAUCAAAACUAAACCUCGUGUAAACAGAGAUGAGGAAUCUUUGCUGUCCUCAGUUGUGCUCCAGCAUGAAGACCCUCAGGUUGAAAAAUAA